AUGCAGGUUUUCACACCCGGGCAAUGCCUGUUCUGCCCCAAAGACUCUCCCGACUUCGCAGACAGCGUGGUACACAUGCAAAAGUCCCACGGCCUAUUCAUCCCCCAAAAGCAACACCUCAUCGUCGAUCUCGAAACUCUCUUCCAAUACCUGCAUCUUGUCAUCUUCCAGUAUCGAGAAUGUAUACAAUGCGGGACGCAGAGGGCUACCGUGCAAGCGGUGCAGCAACACAUGACCGGCAAGGGCCACUGCAAAUUCGAUAUAUCAGAUCCGGACUCCGAGUUUGCUGAGUUUUAUGACUUUGCUGAGCUGGAUGAGGACGCUGAAAGUGGCGAUGAAGAUGACGAAUACAACAAGGACGACGAAGACAAGAACCUGGAGGAGACAACGACAAGCUCAAGGCGGCAGCCCUUGGUGGCUGACGAAGAUUCAAUGCGACUGCCAUCAGGUAGGGUCAUAUCGAAACGCUGGAGCACACGACUGUGGAUGAAGAAGCCCCUUCAGCAGAAGAGGUCGACUCUGCUGCUCACGAUACGAGAGUGA